AAAAAAUAUAACCAAUUGUAAGUUUUCUGCACUAACACAAACUUUUGCUCCUGAUCUAGAAUGGAUGAUAUAGUGAUUGGUAUUGAUCUGGGUACCACAAAUUCGUCUAUUUCUGUCUAUAUGAAAGGCAGAGUGCGAGUUCUAGAAAAUGAAAGAGGAGCAAGAGUUACACCAUCUUUUAUCUACUUUCCGCCUCAAGGUGGUAUCGUCAUUGGUGAACAUGCAAAAACAAUGUCACUUCAGAAACCCGAGAACGGUAUUUACGAAGUGAAGCGGCUUGUAGGCAGACAGUUUGAUGAUACAUACAUUCAAAAAACUCUCGACUAUUUUCCCUUUGCUAUAUCGUCCGGCGUCUCUAAUCUCCCAGUGAUUUCUUUUAACCAGAGUAAUACAACAAUCAAGAAAACUCCACAAGAACUGUGUACAAUAAUCCUCCAAGAAUUAAAAAAAUAUGCUGAAGCAAAGCUGAAUCAGACUGUACACAAAGUUGUGAUAACCGUUCCAGCUUACUUCAAUGUUACACAACGAGAAGUCACUUUAGCAGCCGCCAAGGAUUCCGGAUUUACUGUGCUCAAGCUUCUGAAUGAACCAACAGCAGCGGCUUUAGCUUACUACUUCGAUAAUGAUAUAACAGAAAACCAUAUUUCAUUAGUUUAUGAUUUUGGAGGCGGAACUUUCGACGUUGCGAUUCUUGAAAAAAAAAACUGAUAACGUGGAAGUACUAUGCGUGGGUGGAGACACUCAGCUAGGAGGUCACGAUUUGGAUAACUGCAUAUUAGAUUAUAUUUUGGAGGUGCUACGCAAUGAUUAUAACUACAAAGCGAAAAUAGAUCCAGAUGAUAAAAGAAGAUUACGCAAUAAGUGCGAAGAAGCGAAGAAAGAAUUAUCAUCGGCUAAUGAAGCACUGAUAACCAUAAACGGAAUGGUACCUAAACAUCCUAGAAUUAUUAUUACACUGAAAAGGGGCGUCUUUGAAGAUAAAGCCAGCAAGUUAUUCAAAAAAACUAUUGACAUUUUACAUAACUGUGUAGUUGAUUCAAAAAUUUCCAAGCAAUCGAUUCAGGAGGUAAUCUUAUGUGGUGGCUCCACCCGAAUACCCAAAAUACAAGAAAUGGUUUCGGAGUAUUUCGGAGGUAAACAGUUGAAUAAGUCGAUACAUCCUGACGAGUGUGUUGCUGAAGGAGCAGCUCUGCAAGCUGCUAUGUUGUCAGUUAAUAAAAAACAAAAUAUUGAACAACUGGAAAUGGUUGACGUUGUUCCUCUCUCGUUAGGUUUUGGUAGUCUCGGAAAUGAAAUGGUAGUGAUAAUUCGCAGGAACACUAAACUACCGACUAAAGAAUUUCAGGUAUAUGUGAACCGUAACGAUGGUGAGACCUUAAUAUCUGUUAGAAUAUAUGAAGGUGAGCGUACAGAUGUACGGAAAAAUCGUUACUUAGGGAAAUUGUCAAUUGAUGGAUUAACACAGGCACCUCCUGGACAACGACGUGUAACUUUUACCCUGAACAUUGAUUCCAACGGGAUACUAACAGCUCGAGCUGAGGAAAUAUUGUCCAAUAACGUUAAGGAAGUGAAAGUGAAUUACACUAGAGGUGACAGGAGUGAGUUUGAAAUUCAAAACUCGUUAUUAGCUGCAGCAGAAAAUCAGGAAACAGAUAAAAAGUUCACAAAUUUUGUUCGAAUUAAAACGUAUUUGAUUCUGUAUUUCGUACGUUUCCUGUAUAACCUUGAUAAAAAGAACUUGAGUUAUGAAUCGAUUAAAAUAUUUUGCGAACAAUCGGAAAAAGACCUAGAUGACAUGGAAGUCGAUGAAGAGGAACGCGUAAAAAAUAUUUAUGAAGAAGUGAAAACGAAAUCUUAUGCAAUUGCCAAAACUCAUGCAUUUGACUACAUGCCUGAAGAACCAACAUGCCAUCUAGUCUAACAUGGAAGAUAUGCUUUGUUUGGGUGUUAUUAAUUUUGUUAUAAAUAUGUUUCCUUAAAGUUUGUUAUUAAGCAGAACAGAUAUGUAUAAAAUUUUG